UGUCGGGUUUCGGAGGCCGAGCGGAGCUUGCAGCCACCGUUAGCGGUUCUCCCCGCCGCUUUCUGCUUCCCCACUACCCUGCGGGCUCGGGCCGUCUGGCGGCGUCCGGGAUGUGAGCGCUCCGCCUGCAGACACCCGACAGCAGCAACCCCCGGCCGGGUCCGGCUCUCCCCCCCCGCCCGAGCGCAGGCCCCGCCGCCGCCGCGAUGGCGCUGAAGAUGGUGAAGGGUAGCAUCGACCGCAUGUUCGACAAAAACCUGCAGGACCUGGUGCGCGGCAUCCGCAACCACAAGGAGGACGAGGCAAAGUACAUCUCCCAGUGCAUCGAUGAGAUCAAGCAGGAGCUGAAGCAGGAUAACAUUGCAGUGAAAGCGAAUGCUGUCUGCAAACUUACAUAUUUACAGAUGCUGGGCUAUGACAUCAGUUGGGCUGCUUUCAAUAUAAUUGAAGUGAUGAGUGCAUCAAAGUUUACAUUUAAAAGAAUUGGUUACCUAGCUGCCUCUCAGUGCUUUCAUGAAGGGACUGAUGUAAUUAUGCUGACAACCAAUCAGAUCCGCAAGGAUCUGAGUAGCCCUAACCAGUAUGAUACUGGAGUUGCACUGACUGGCUUGUCCUGUUUUGUUACUCCAGAUCUUGCCAGGGACUUGGCAAAUGACAUCAUGACUCUGAUGUCUCACACGAAGCCUUAUAUCAGGAAGAAGGCAGUGUUAAUCAUGUACAAAGUGUUUUUGAAAUACCCAGAGUCCCUCCGUCCUGCAUUCCCUCGCCUUAAAGAGAAACUGGAGGAUCCAGAUCCUGGUGUACAGUCCGCUGCAGUAAAUGUUAUUUGUGAGCUGGCCAGACGCAAUCCCAAGAAUUACCUUUCCCUCGCUCCGCUCUUUUUUAAGUUGAUGACAUCAUCAACCAAUAAUUGGGUCCUCAUUAAAAUUAUAAAAUUGUUUGGUGCUCUUACUCCAUUAGAACCUAGACUGGGAAAAAAGCUGAUUGAGCCACUGACCAAUCUCAUACAUAGCACCUCAGCCAUGUCUCUUCUGUAUGAAUGUGUGAACACAGUAAUAGCAGUUUUGAUCUCUCUGUCUUCUGGGAUGCCCAAUCACAGUGCCAGCAUCCAGCUCUGUGUUCAGAAGUUGAGAAUACUAAUAGAAGAUUCUGACCAGAACUUGAAGUACCUGGGAUUACUAGCAAUGUCCAAAAUCCUGAAAACCCACCCUAAGUCAGUUCAGUCUCACAAGGAUCUCAUUCUCCAGUGUUUGGAUGACAAGGAUGAGUCUAUCAGACUCCGAGCUUUAGAUCUCCUCUAUGGCAUGGUAUCAAAGAAGAACUUGAUGGAGAUAGUGAAGAAAUUGAUGAUUCACGUGGAUAAAGCUGAAGGGACAACAUACAGGGACGAGUUGCUGACCAAAAUCAUAGAUAUAUGUAGCCAAUCCAAUUAUCAGUACAUCACAAACUUUGAAUGGUACAUCAGCAUCCUGGUAGAAUUGACUCGUUUGGAAGGUACUCGACAUGGUCAUCUCAUAGCAGCUCAGAUGCUGGAUGUAGCGAUCAGAGUUAAAGCUAUUCGUAAAUUUGCGGUUUCCCAGAUGGCCAUGCUUCUAGACAAUGCCCAUCUAAUAGCCAGCAACACCCAGAGGAAUGGGAUCUGUGAGGUGCUUUAUGCUGCUGCCUGGAUAUGUGGGGAGUUUUCAGAACACCUUGAGGAACCAAACCAGACCCUGGAAGCAAUGCUGAGGCCUAAAGUUACCACUUUACCAGGUCACAUCCAGGCAGUUUAUGUGCAGAACAUGGUAAAGCUUUAUGCAUCCAUCCUACAGCAAAAAGAGCAAGCUGGUGAGAAGGAAUCAUCCCAGGAAAUUACCCAGCUGAUGAUUGACCGUUUGCCUCAGUUUGUACAGAGUGCAGAUCUAGAAGUCCAGGAAAGGGCCUCCUGCAUCUUGCAACUGAUUAAAUAUAUUCAGAAGCUACAAGCAAAAGAGGUGCCUGUAGCUGAGGAAGUGAUAGCACUGUUUGCAGGCGAGCUGAACCCUGUAGCUCCUAAAGCACAGAAAAAAGUCCCGGUUCCAGAAGGCUUGGAUCUUGAUGCUUGGAUCAAUGAGCCUCCCUCAGAUAGUGAGUCUGAAGAUGAAAAACCCAAAACAAUCUUUCAUGAUGAAGAACAAAGGCAUUCUAGACCCAGACAGCCAGAGAUGGAUGAAGAGGAGCUUGCCAGGCGCCGAGAAGUCCGGAAGCAAGAACAGGCAAACAAUCCAUUUUACAUUAAAAGUUCUCCGUCUCCACAGAAACGAUACCAGGACACUCCAGGUGUGGAGCAUAUACCUGUAGUCCAAAUAGACCUUUCUGUUCCCUUGAAAGUUCCAGGAAUGCCUAUGUCUGACCAGUAUGUAAAACUGGAAGAGGAGCGGAGGCAUAAGCAGAAGUUGGAGAAAGACAAAAAGAAGAAAAAGCAGAAAAAAGAGAAGAAAGGUAAACACCACCGCCAUAACUCGCUACACACGGAGAGCGAUGAGGACAUUGCCCCAGCCCAGCAUGUGGACAUCAUCACAGAGGAGAUGCCAGAGAACGCACUGCCCAGUGAUGAGGAUGACAAAGAUCCCAAUGAUCCAUAUAAGGCCCUUGAUAUAGAUCUGGAUAAACCCUUAGCAGAUAGUGAGAAGCUGCCAGUGCAAAAACACAGAAAUACUGAGAACCUCAAGUCUCCAGACACAGAAGCUCCCUUAGUAGAGAAAAAGAGUAAGAAACCCAAAAAGAAGGAAAAGAAGCACAGAGAGAGAGAGCGAGAAAAAGAAAAGAAGAAAGACAAAGAGAGAAAGGUGGAUGAAGAAGAAAAGAAGGGGGAAGACUUGGAUUUCUGGCUCUCCCCUGCCCCGCCCCCUGUCUCCACUACACAGACACAGAGUGAGCCAGAGGUGAGCACUGCCAUAGCUGAACCUAAAGACCAUGAAGAACCGAAGGAGGAGGACAGGGAAGAGGAGGAAGACGAUGAAGGAAAGAAAUCUUCCAAACAUAAGAAGAAAAAGCACAAGAAGGAAAAGGAGGAGAAAUCCAAGGACAAAAAGAAGUCCAAGAAAAAGCACCAUCACAGUGAGGAGGAGCCAGUGGAGUCGGUACAGAAUGGAACACUAGAAGAUGAACCACUACCGCCUAUGUCCAGUUAUCACCUUCUUGCUGAGAACCCUUACAUUAAAAUGACAUACGAUAUUCAAGGAAAUCUCCAGAACGACAGUCAAGUCACUGUCUCGGUAAUCUUUGAGAACAAGAGUACCAGCUUCGUGAAGAGUAUGGAGUUAAAUGUCCUGGACUCUCUCAACACUAAAAUGAUCCGGCCAGAAGGGUCAUCAGUCCAUGAUGGGAUACCUGUGCCCUUCCAGCUGCCCCCUGGAAUCUCUAAUGAAGCCCAGUUUGUGUUUACUCUUCAGAGCAUUGUUAUGGCUCAGAAGCUAAAAGGAACACUGUCCUUUAUAGUCAAAAAUGAUGAAGGUUCAACCCAUGAAAAACUAGAUUUCAAAUUGCACUUCAGUUGCGCUUCAUACUUGAUCACGACGCCUUGCUAUAGCGAUGCUUUUGCCAAGCUGCUGGAGUCUGGGGAUCUGCACAUGAAUUCUAUAAAAGUAGAUGGAAUUAGCAUUUCUUUCCAACAUCUACUGGCAAAGAUUUGUUUUCACCACCAUUUUUCAGUUGUGGAACGAGUUGAUUCUUGUGCAUCAAUGUACAGUCGUUCUAUUCAAGGUCAUCAUGUUUGCCUACUGGUAAAAAAGGGAGAGAAUUCUGUCUCUGUAGAUGGAAAGUGUAACGAGUCCACCCUGCUUAGCAACUUGUUGGACGAGAUGAAAGAGACGUUGUCAAUGUGCUGAACGUCCCUCAUAAAUACUGCAACAGCGAGAGAUGCACUUAAAACCACAUCAAGACAAACCAGAUCCAAGUGUUAAGUUUCUCCCUCAUACGCAUGUACUAUCCUGGGCACGUGCUUUUCAGUUAACUCCACCAUUGUUUGCAGUUUAGACAUUUUAAGGCUGUCUGUUUACUUUUUUUUAUUUCAAAUUUUUACCAGUUGUGGUGUUAACCCUUUCCAGUCCAGAGAGAUCCUGACAUGUUUCACGGGGGGCAUAUUUAUUCCGCGAGUCAUGGUGAUCCAAUAUGCCUUUCCUCCUGUGUGGGAUGGUGGAGUGAAGCAGAGCUCUAUCAGCAGUGUCAUCUGGUGAUUGCACUUGUUACCAAGGGAGGUGGCCUUCGCCUGUCGGGGGAACUUGUUCUCAGCUCCACUGUACUGGAGAUGAUGUGCUUCUGGCAGAGGCUGAUGUGUGACAUGGAGGCCUUCCUUUUGAAUCUCAAAUUCAGUUGUUCCAGAAUAUCUACAUUGUUGAUCUCUUAAGAGUUAAUCCACGAGCCUGGUAAGAGUUGGGAUGUUACUGAAUUUCUGCUUGUGACUGCUGCCUUGGGCCUUAAACCUUCAGUUAUUGCCAAUUGAAAGGAUAGAGGAUGAACAUAUAGAGCAUAUCAAGCACAGGCUGAAAAGCGGUACUGCUCAGUCCUCUCUGCUCUCGUUGGUCCCCACAACGAGGCCUGUUAAGCCUCUCCCCUUCAAGUGAUCUCUGCUGAUGUGUUUUGUAAAGUCCACUGAGAUUUCACAUUCCUAAAAAGUUAGAAUGUAGCAAAGAAACUGGAAAUCCAAAGGUCUUUUGCUCCUGUUUUUUUUAAUUUUAUUUAAUUUAAUUCUUUUUUUUUUAGUAAUUUGGUUCUCCAGAUGAGGUUGACCGCUACCAGCUUGGAGAAGUAUGCCCCUGAAAUACUUCCUGUUCUGAAACAUUUGCCCUACCCCUGCUUUUGUGGUGAGGUUUGUCAUCCCAGAAGCAUUCUGGUGGGCCUGCCUUCCUGAUGGUGGAUUCAGCCUUAGACACGUGCUGACAGCAUAAUUGGGCCAUCCCAUCAAAACGGCACCUGCCCAGUUGGGAGAGGGAAGACCAGGGCUAGCCAGUGACAAGUUGACUCUGCUCUGUGCUUUUUGUUAACUAAUACCUGGAAUCAUUGAUUGGAAAGGGACAGCCUUCAGUCUGUGUAAAACAGAUGAGCAAAAUAGACGUAAGUGGCAUUUUUUCCCCACACUAUCUGCCUCUCCUCCUAAAGUUUUCUUCAAAAUUUGUGUUGCUCUAUACCCAAUAAGAUAGCAACCUGUUAGAUGACUGUUGCUUGGAGUUGAGGUGAGAAUUGCCAGUGGCUCCAAAAAGCAGGGGAGAGAAUUGAAAUGUCUGCAACUUUUUGACUAUCACACUGCUUCAGCAGGAGUCCUUAUUGCACAGUAGACUUCUACAGAAAACCCUACCUGUAUGGGACAGGGAUCUUUAUCCUUUGGGUUAAUUUAAUGUACUAUGUUAAACAUAGAUUGUGCUCUUUAUACUUUACCCCAUACUAGGUUGGUUUUUAAAGGCUCUGCUAUGGUUUUAUUGCUAGGACCUGCAUCCUGUUCUGUCUGUGCUUGAGUAUGGCAGGAACCCCUUUGCAGCAGGCCCCUCUGCUGGUGAAGUGGUAGUGUCUGGUAUUGGUCAGCCUCCCUUGGUUAGCCAGUUCAUGUAUUAGAAACCGAACAUAUAAAAUUGUCUUAAAAGAUAAUGUUCCUUAAUUAGUGGGGUUUUUUUAAAAACAAAAUUCAUGGAUGAAAAUUGUCACUUUAGCAUGUAGUUUUUUUCUCUUACAGAAUCCUGUGCGGUGAUUCUAGAAUUUUGAAACUGUAUGAUGUGUUAUAUUAAAAGAAAUUUAUUUGCUAUCAACAUUCCCUUACAAAGAAAAGAAAAACAUACCACAAGCUGCUGUAACGAUUUUGUGUCAAGAUGAUCCAAUAAAAUUUCAAAAAAGUUCAUUUUGAUUAUUAUAACA